ACGUGCAUUUCUUUGCAGGCCAAUUGGACAGUGGGGAAAUUAAACUGUCAGUACCGUGGAGCUCGCUUAGGAGGCUUUAAUUUUGUAAAUUGCUCCAAAUGCUCCAGUGGACAUGAUAUGACUGUGCGUCUCAGUAAUCGUGUUGACCAGGAUUUAAAACCUCCGGUUCAUUUGACAAGACUAGGAAGGACUAGAGAACAACCUGUGAGGAAGGAGAAUGAGGUGGAGUCUCUCCCUCAGACAAUAAGCUUAUCCUCAUCUCCUUCCUCAGCCCUCAACUUCUCCUGUACUGUGUCCCAUGUAGCCUCUCUCGAAACUGAACUUGAGGUUGAGUCAAGUGAAGAACCACAGAUUCUUGAGAUUGUUGGGAGAGGAGCAGAUGUUUCUUUACCUUAUGAAUUGCCACCACAGCUGUCUGAUUAUCUGGAGACCUUAGAGGAAUGGCAAGUGCAUUCCGCUUCCCAGAGCAGAGCCUCUCUGGACAGAGAUGUGAAUCCAGAGGAGGUCAGAUUUAGAGUGAUGGAAGAGCCAUCAAUAAACAUCUCACCCGACCUAGAACCAAAGCUUUCCAAAAGAGUGAAGAACCGCCUGAAAAGUCUAAGAAGGAAGUAGAGGAAGAAGGAACGUUGGAUGCAAAGACAACAGGAGGAAAAAUAUCUGGCUAUGAAAUGGGACCUAACGGGCAGCGAUGAUGAAGAGAGGAAGGGAUACACAUGUGCUGUGUGUUUAGACGUAUAUUACAGCCCUUACAAGUGCCAUCCUUGCAGUCAUGUGUUCUGUGAGCCCUGUUUGAGAACUCUGGCUAAGAACAGGCCAAAUAAUACCCUCUGUCCACUCUGUAGGACCCUCAUAUCCCAUGUGCUCUUUCAGGAAGGAUUUCAGAGACACGGAGGACCUGCCAGUCGCCGGCAAUUUCCCCACAGAGCAUUUGGCCUGGAUGCAUUGGAUCUGGGGGACAUGUGGGGCUGGCCAUUUGACAUCGACUUUGUUAUCAUCUCCAUCCACUCUCUGCACUGGCGGCGCUCGGCCCUCGACAGGGGUGAAGGUGACUCGCCUGUUGGUGCGGGAGAUGCAGAGGAAGCAUCGCGGACGCUCGCUCGGCUCCGUCACAUCACUCUAAUCAUCGAAACAAUCGGCAUCCAAGGCUCGACCUCUCCUUCUCAUCGAGGACAGACGGAUUAA